UUUUAAAUUCUAGUGCAAAUAAAUUUUUAACAAAUAACAUUAUAAAAUAAUUAUAUAUAAAUAAAGGAAAUGGAUCCUAAAAGCAUAGAAUCAUUAGCAUUUACUUUUUCGAAAAGUCUGUGCAAAAUGAAAAACAAACACACAGAUAAACCUAAAGGAAAAGGCAAAUGCCAUCGUCCAGGGCCAUUAAUGCGAAAUCCCUAUUUGAAUUUUCUGCGCGAAUUUCGAAAGCAAAAUUGCGGCCUUACAGCUGUUGAAAUUAUCAAAAGAGGUGCUCAGGCUUGGCGAGCGGUACCAAAGGAAAAGAGAUUGCGAUAUAUUGAAGAGGCAUUUUAUGCGCCUAGGCGAAAGGGUUGCAGCGGCGCACAACAGUCACCGAAUCUGAGCUCAUGUGCGCCCAAAACGAAAAAAAGAAAAUCGAUUCGAUCUUGUUCUUCAAAAGGUAGUUUUCAUAAAAAGAAGCCAAAAUCUUCCUCCAAAAGGAAAACCGCAACAAAUGCGUGCGCGGGUAAAACUAAAAAGAAAAGUAAGAAGCGUCCUAAAAAAGUCAAGAAAGCAAAAUGUGGACAACAUAAAAAACGACUUCAGAAACGGAAGCUUAAAUUUUCGAAAUCUAACUGUAAAGGAGCAAAGAAACAAAAGCGCAUUAAGAAAAAGCCAAGCAAAUGUUGAUUUGCUUGAUUAAUUGCAAAAAUGUCUAAAGAAAAUAUGCAAAUCAAAUUGGCCAAUUAUUUUUAAAGAAUUGUCUGUGCAUGAGUGUC